AUGAUCACAUUUUCAGUUCAGUUUUUGGAAGGUCACAUUAUUGCCAAGAUCAAUAAAUUCAAAUAUAUCAUCGAUACUGGUUCACCAAUGUCAUUCGGAUAUGGGACGACUAUCACUAUUGAUCAAAAGCAAUUUCCCAUAAGUCGUACUGGUAUGGGAGGAACUACGAUUGAAGCACUUUCUUCACUCAGUGGCUUAGAAUUCGAUGGAUUGAUUGGAAUGGAUAUUCUCAAAAAUUUCGAUAUUCGAUUCACUCAAAAUGAAAUUGUAUUUUCCGAUACAUUGACAUUCCGUACUAAUUCAGCAAUUAAACUGCCGAUAAUUGACACAGUGAUGGAUAUUCCAAUAAUUAACUUGACUAUCGGACAGAAAGAUCGAAGAAUCGUGUUCGAUACAGGUGCAAAACUGUCAUAUUUAAGUGAUGAAUUACUCACCGGAACAUCGGUUGGUGACGCAGAAGAUUUCUAUCCUUCUAUAGGUAGAUACAAAACGAAAGUGUAUGAAGUUGACGUUAUGAUCAAUGAGAAAGUAGAAACGUUAACAUUCGGUUCAUUACCAGCGCCUCUCCGAAUGCUUCUAACAAUGACCGGAACGAAGGGAAUUGUCGGAAGUGAACUACUGAAAAAGUAUUCGAUCAUCUACUCGAAUUCAAGCAAAAUGUUGUUCCUGGAAUCAACGAAUAACUAUGAAGAUGAAUUAGACUGA